UCAUAUAUUAUUGCCGUGAGAGGACACAUAUCCAAACAACUCUCUCUCUCUCUCUCUCAAUGCAGCCACUGCAAUGGACUACCAUUGCGACCAUUUCUGCAACUAUUGUAUUUUUAGCAGCAGAAUCAGUCUCAGAACCUGAUAAAAUUGUCACUUUGCCACAACCAGUGGUCAGUUUCAAGCAAUAUUCAGGGUUCAUAACCAUUGAUGAAAAGCAGGAGAAAGCUCUUUUCUACUACUUUGUUGAAGCAGAGACAGACCCAGCUUCAAAGCCUCUUGUUCUCUGGUUAAAUGGAGGGCCUGGUUGUUCUUCCAUUGGAGCACUAGCUUUCUGUGUGCUUGGACCGUUUAAGCCAAGUGGAGACAUAUUGCACAAAAAUGAUUAUAGCUGGAAUAAAGAAGCAAAUGUGCUAUACUUGGAAUCACCAGCUGGAGUUGGCUUUUCCUACUCUGCUGAUGAAUCCUUCUACACAUCUGUGAAUGAUGAGCUGACAGCUCGAGACAAUCUUGCAUUUCUUGAACGCUGGUUUUCCGAAUUCCCAGAAUAUAAAGACAGAGAUUUCUUCAUCACAGGGGAGAGCUACGGAGGUCACUAUGUCCCACAGCUUGCACAGCUUAUUGUCCUGUCCAGCAAAAUCAACCUGAAAGGGAUUGCAAUAGGAAAUCCUCUUCUAGAAUUUGACACUGAUUUCAACUCUGAGCAGUACUUUUGGUCUCAUGGGUUAAUAUCAGAUGCAACUUAUGAGAUUUUUACUACUGUUUGUAACUAUUCUCAAAUCAGGAGACAAUACCAAAUUAUUGGCUCUCUGUCCCCAGAUUGCUCUAGAGUAAAUAGCCAAUACUCAAGAGAAGUUAGCAAAUUUGUAGAUACCUAUGACAUUACUCUAGAUGUUUGCUUAUCAACAAUCCAAUCACAAUCCCAUGUAUUGAAUAAAAUGGAAAAUGUCGGGGAAAUUGAUGUCUGUAUAGAAGAUGAAACUAUGAAGUACUUGAACAGAGAAGAUGUACAGGAAGCUCUCCAUGCACGGCUUGUUAGAGUCGACAGAUGGACUGUGUGCAGCGAAGUGAUCAAGUACAAUAUGGAAAAUCUGGAGAUACCCACCAUCCCUGUUCUAGGCAAGCUUAUCAGGUCCGGCAUCCGGGUUUUCGUUUACAGCGGAGACCAAGAUUCAGUCAUUCCACUGACUGGAACAAGAACACUAGUGAAUGGAUUGGCAAAGUAUUUGGGUCUCAACACAACCGUUCCAUAUAGAGCCUGGUUUGAAGGAAAACAGGUUGCUGGUUGGACACAAGUAUAUGGAGAUAUCUUAUCUUUUGCCACCAUUAGAGGUGCAUCUCAUGAAGCUCCAUUUUCACAGCCAGAAAGAUCUCUUGUGCUAUUUAGUGCAUUUUUAGGGGGAAAACAACUGCCAGAAGUCACAUAGUUUGUUGAGAAAAUGAAUAAAUAGUUAAUCCAGUCCAAUAUUGUUAGUAAGGGACAUGUUAAAUUUUCAGCAGUAGGCACAACCAUUCUCUUUGUCUUGAAUAAACACAUUGCAAAUUGCCAUAAAAAUUCAUUUCAAAGUGGGCCCCA